AUGCUCGUGUCGAAAACCCACAGGGGCGGGGGAGGGGAUGUGGCCGGCGGUGUGGGCGGAAGCGCGAGGCAUCCACCGGCGCUCGGGAUGCUCUGCUUCCGGAGGGAGGACGCGGAUAUGCUCCUCGCACAAAUGGACGAUGAUAUGCGCGCUGGUUCCACCGUGGUACCUGUUGCGCUCAACAAGGUCAGGUGCUUGCAUUUGGUUUCCAUAGGUUUUGCUCGACGGAAUCCUCGAAUGCGAUGCUCUAAUGGUGUGUUCUCUAAGUAG